AUGAAGGAAUCCGACAAAGCCCGGUUCGACGAGCUCCUCGAGUGGGCGCAGCAGCACGGGGCUGAGCUGCACCCAUCCCUUGAAAUCUACCAUGACAGGCUCACCAAGUUCUCCAUCCGCGUCAAAAAUUCCUGCACCCAUGGCCUCCAGCCUGGCUUCCGGGCAGUCACCUGCCCUGUCUCAACCACGCUGUCGUUCUUGAACGCCCUGGUCGACGGACCCCUCAAUAUCUCGUCCUCAUACCAGCAAACCGGAGCCUUCCCUCCCACCUUCAUGGCAAUGAUCCCGCCCCACGUCAUUGGACGCUUUUUUCUCAUCAAGGAGUACCUCAAACGCAAGGACUCGUUUUGGUGGCCGUACAUUGGGACGCUACCUCAGCCCGAACACAUCAAUGCCUGGGCUCUGCCAGCAUUCUGGCCUGAAGACGAUAUUGCCCAUCUGAAAGGAACCAACGCGCACUUCGCUAUCGAAGAGGUGCAAGCGAACGUCAAGCGAGAGUUCAAGAAGGCAAAGAAGAUCCUCAAGGAGGCCGAGUUCCCCAACUGGCAGGAGUACACCCCGCUGCUGUACAAGUGGGCCUUCUGCAUCUUCACCAGCCGCAGCUUUCGACCCUCCCUCAUCCUCUCGGACGCGGCAAAGCAGCAUAUCUCCGCGCUGCUGCCCGCAGGCUGCCAACCCGACGACUUCUCCUUCCUCCAACCCCUCUUCGACAUCAUCAACCACUCCAUGACAGCAUCCUACUCCUGGGACACCACCUCCGAUCCCACCAGCUGCCAGCUCAUCUGCCACGACGCCUAUCAGCCGGGCGAUCAAGUCUACAAUAACUACGGCCUCAAAACCAACAGCGAGCUGCUCCUCGGCUACGGCUUCAUCCUCCCCGAGACGCGCUUCUUUCAUAACGACUACGUCCACGUCCGCAAGCGCAACCAGGAGGAUGACUCCGAGGGCAGCGUGGAAGACACCAACUCAAAGCCAAGAGACUUUCUCAUCUCCCUUCAUCCAAUAUCAUGGCACACUUCCCUUGUCGGCCAAUCGCGGGUUGCUCGUGAUGGUCUCAUAAGCCGUCUCGCCUCGCUGCCCUGCUUCUCCCACUUUGAGCCGGCGCUGGUCGAUGAUCUUGCAAUGACGUCAGGUGCGGAAUCGUUUGAUAACACAGCCGCGCCGCCCCUACAAGACGAAUAUCUAAAGGCCUUGGUGGAAAAGAUCAAGGCCACGCUCGGGGCGAAGCUGUGGAGUGACUACCAGCGGUUGAAGGAUGUUGACAGUGGAAGCGAUGGCGGGGUGGAGGAGCUACCGCCGCCGAGGAAUGGGAAUCAGGAGCUGGCGAAUGAGUAUCGGUCGAGGUGUGAAAGAGUGUUGGCUGUCGCGUUGGAAGAGUUGAUGGGGGGGAUAUGGGUGGGAGAGGUGUGAGAAUGGGUUGGUGGGUUGGAGAGAAGUUGCAGCCUUGACAAGCGUCGCCCACAGGGGCGGAGGAAUUCGCAAUUCAGGUGGCCAAGGGAAACUCGCACGAGGUGGCCGAAAGGGAGUUGCAGGCGGCUGACUGGCAGCUGGGCGUACGAACACAACUCCAAGCGACGAGCAAGUGAGUUGGGCUGUCCUCCGAGCACCCUGAUUUUGUGCCACUGACCUCGCCCCGAGUUCUUUACCAAUGCAAGUCAGUCAACAUGAAGUUGGCUAUCUUGGUUCUUGCCUCGCCAGUGCCAUACACAGAACGGUAACCUAAUCAUCUUUAGCUGUCAAGGCGCUUAUAUUUGCCGGACGUGCCCCCAU